AUGAACAACAACGCAUCAGCUGUUUCAUUACGCAAGAGGAAGAAUUCAGAUGUUAGCGAAGACAUAUCGCCAACUCCAAGUAAAGCAAUCAAGAUUGAGAAUUCCGAUAAUGUCGAAGAGCGCACCGAUAACAAUCAUGCCGAAGCUACCGUGACGCCUUCAGUCAAGUCUGAACGAUCAGCGGUGGAUGUCGAGGAGUUCGAUGUGCAAUCGCACAUUUCUGAACUCUACAGAUUUAUUAUCAGUGAACGUGCGCUUGGCCGUGCCCCUAUGAAGAUCCAGAGACUUAUCAACAUGGAUUCUGCGUCUAGAAAUUUCUAUGCGUCAUCCAUACGUGAUUGGAUCGAUCAGGAUCAUGGCGAAUUUUUGGAGCGAUGUAGCCACAAACCAGAUAGCAGAGUCAAUUUCAAAACAACUAGGAAAUACUUGGCGGAUAUCGGAAGACUUUCACGAAUGGCUCGUGGAGCUUCACUGGCUUUUGAGCUUUCCCUCUAUCUCUGCGAGCACUCCUAUUUGCCACCGGACAAUGGCAAGAUUCCACCUAUAAGCCGAGCUGUCUGCGGCCCUUGCGACUCCCUAGUACAUAAACUCUGCUUAAGAAUGAAGGACGAGUAUCCAAAUUUCGAGCCGGAAGAACACCUUUCACGUGUGGACGACCAACGAAAACAUUUCGAGGCAGAUGAUGACGGCCUUAUACCACACUUAUUGAGAACUAGAGAUUUACUAGUAAGCUGGGUAGAAGGACCAUCUGCCGCUCAGGCUAUUUAUGAUAGCACGAAGGAAUUGAUAUUGACCGACUACAACCAUAUAGUAGAAAAAUUACAAUCGGCUGUGGCCAGAAACCAUAGUAGCUCUUCACGCAACUCAAAUGUCCCUGGUCACUUGGUUCCCAGUGUGGAAAAGAGCCUUCCACAGGUCAAACGACUGUUGUCCAUGGCUGGUGGCAAGGGGUUGGCUUUUGACCUGCUUCUGUUUGCUGGUCGGCACUCGUAUAUCGAACGCAAAAAGGACCUUCUUGGUCGUAAGGUGACUGAAAAUUUUGACCAGGCUGCCGACAAUUUACUUGUCCAAAUUUCAAACGCUAUCAGGGAAGAAGACCCAACUUUCAGGCCGGUUGAUGCCAUGGAAAUGCUUAUCGAGGAGAUUGAGGCUACUGGUCAUAACGGAUAUUUCCCGGAAUCUUAUAAGUUAUUCUCGUCUUGGAUGCCAGAAGUAGGAACGUCCCAUGCACGAAAGGACUACGAUGAACUCCACGCAAAAAUAGAACAGGCUCACGCCGCUGUUGAGCGCAGACUCGAGAUUUUCGUCAAAGAUGGAUCUCGUCCAACCGUGGAUUUGCUUGGCAGAAAGAUGGUUGGAUUUGUUGAUGAUGUCAACAAACUCAGCACGAAGUUGGGAGGGCUACUUCCUGCCAUAGAAAUCGCGAUCUUCUUGGGUGAGUGUUCGUAUACAAAGAUGGAAGCCUUGGGCCCGCUCUAUGGCUGGGAUAAUAAUAGCUCAUUCCGUUGCAAGAGAGAUUUCGAUUCUCUGGGAGAUGAUUGUUUGAAGGAACUGCUUCAAAGAGUAAGCGCUGCCCAUUAUUCGUUGGAUAAGGAUUACUACGGGCGUUUGAAGGAGUCUGUCGAUUACCUGAGAGGAUACGGAAUCACUACUUACUUCCCGUUGUCCUUUGAACUACUCCGCCAAUUAUCUUGA